AUGGAAACUUUUCGAGCUAAAACUCCAGAACUACCAAGAGAUUUUACGCUAAUCUUCAAGGGAGAAAAAUACAAAGUUUCCAAAUUUAUGUUUAGCAUGCAUUCUCUGAAAUUCCGUGAAUUAUUACCGACAUUUAAAACAGAUUUCCUAGAAAUACCUGUUCAAACAACAGAAAAUGUUUUCAGAGAGUUUCUUAAAGCAAUACAUAACGAAGAAUAUUGUAUUACAACAGAUAAUAUAUACGAUUUAUAUAAAAUCGCCAAAGAAUGGAGAAUUCAAUCAUUAAUAGAUCAAAUGGAUAAGUUCGCACAAGAAAACAACAUUUCAAAAGAUAAAUUAAAUGAAAAAUCUCGAGAAAUUUCACCAACUUUGAUGACAAUUUUAGCAAAGAAUAUUAACAAAGCGAUAACAAUGUCAUCAUUUACUAAUCUUCCUUUUGAUGUAAUAUCUAAGAUUUUAUCGCUUCCUGAAGCCAAAAUCUCAGAUCAUCAAACUUAUUACGAUUUUAUUAAAUUAAUGCUAGAUAUUCACGGCAAAAAAGCAACAGAACUUACCAAAUACAUCGAUCUUAAAUUAAUUCCUUCUUCGCAACUCGUAGAAUUACUAGAAAAUCCAAAUCUUGAUAAAGAGUUCAUUGCUCCAAACCUUCUUACCAUUGCGAAGUACUACGUUGAAGAAACAGCAAAACUCGAAGAAAACUACGCCCAAGCUGAAGCAAAUGCCGCAUCUUUACAAAAUCCAGAUUCAGCCUUGAAAAAAGCUGUUACAAGGGUCAAGCAUCUACAAGACAGUCUCAAUGAAUGUGUUGAGCAGCAAGACUCCAUAGAAAAGGACAUAACAGAAGAGUUAACAGCAAUAAAAAUGCUUUUGACGGAAUUGGAGAAAAAAGUGAAGUUAGAAUCACAAAACCAAGACGAAGAAUCUUCAAAAGCGUUUGCCCAAAUCAAAGACCUAUGCGAUAGACUCGAGCAGCUUAAGCAUAAAGACAACAAACGAAGUCCACAAAGAAGACAUUCGAUUGACGACACUGCGAGUACUUUUGAUCAAAGACAAGCGCAUCUUACACCAUUUAAUAUGGGUGAAAAUCCACUUGACGGUAUCCUAAAUAGCUUAGUUUCGCGUGGUGUUGAAAUUAAAGUUAUUGGAAGCUCAACUGACCACAACUACCCAUCAAUUCUUGUUAGAAGGGAUACAAAUGACUACUGGAUGUCAUCAAACAAGGUAGAUCAGUUUGUAAGGUUCGAUUUCGCAGAACGUCAAAUUAAAGUUUCCCAAUACACACUUAAAACAAUAAAGUUCGGAGAAGACUCGUGCCAUAUGAAGAGUUGGAUCCUAGAAGGAUCAAAUGACGAUAUCGAAUACUCAAAAAUUGAUGAAAGAAAGACAGAUGAGUUGAAUGGAUCGAACAAAAUUGUGACAUUUAAAUGCACCGAUGAUUGCCCUGCAUAUAGGUAUAUCAAAAUUAGAAUGACUGAUGCAAACCAUAGAGGAGAUAACACAAUGGCUUUGAAUUCAGUAGAAUUCUUCGGUAUUAUCAUUGAAGAAUAA